AACGAAAACGAAAAGAAAAGAAAAGGAAAAAAGAAAGAAAAGAAAAAAAGAAAAAGAAAAGAAAUCCUUUCUGAGCGUAGUCCAUUUUGGAAGCUCAUCUAUUAAGAAUUUUCAAGUCACAUUCAGUUGAUAGGAUGAAAAAAUUCAAGAGAAGGCUAUCCCUCACUCUUCGAGGAAGCCAAACUAUUGAUGAAUCAUUGUCUGAAUUGGCGGAACAAAUGACUAUUGAAGAAAAUAGCAGCAAGGAUAAUGAGCCUAUUGUGAAGAAUGGCAGGCCUCCAACCUCUCACAGUAUGCAUUCCUUCCUCCACCAGUACACAGGAUCCUUCAAGAAGCCCCCGUUGCGGAGACCACAUAGUGUUAUUGGAGGAAGCCUUGGAUCCUUCAUGGCAAUGCCCAGAAAUGGAAGCCGACUAGAUAUUGUUCAUGAAAAUCUAAAAAUGGGAUCAGAUGGUGAGAGUGACCAAGCUUCUGGGACAUCAUCUGAUGAAGUACAGUCACCUACGGGUGUUUGUCUUAGAAAUCGUAUACAUAGACGGAUCUCAAUGGAGGAUUUAAAUAAACGGUUAUCAUUGCCUGCAGAUAUCAGAAUACCUGAUGGGUAUCUUGAAAAGUUACAGAUAAACAGUCCACCAUUUGAUCAACCAAUGAGCCGAAGGUCUCGUAGAGCUUCUUUAUCAGAAAUUGGGUUUGGAAAAAUGGAAACCUAUAUCAAAUUGGAAAAACUUGGAGAGGGUACAUAUGCAACAGUAUAUAAAGGAAGAAGUAAAUUGACAGAGAAUUUGGUGGCGUUAAAAGAGAUCCGGUUGGAACAUGAAGAAGGUGCACCCUGCACAGCUAUAAGAGAAGUUUCACUAUUAAAGGAUCUAAAACAUGCAAAUAUAGUAACCUUACAUGACAUUGUUCACACAGAUAAAUCUUUGACUCUGGUAUUUGAAUAUCUGGAUAAAGAUCUAAAACAGUACAUGGAUGACUGUGGAAACAUCAUGAGUAUGCACAAUGUAAAGCUGUUUUUGUACCAAAUUCUACGUGGUUUGGCAUAUUGCCACAGAAGAAAGGUAUUGCACCGAGACUUGAAACCACAGAACCUACUCAUUAAUGAAAAAGGAGAAUUAAAGCUAGCAGAUUUUGGGCUAGCCAGAGCCAAGUCAGUUCCCACAAAGACCUACUCAAAUGAAGUCGUCACACUGUGGUACCGGCCGCCUGAUGUGCUUCUUGGUUCCUCAGAGUACUCAACACAGAUUGACAUGUGGGGUGUUGGUUGCAUUUUCUUUGAAAUGGCUUCUGGAAGACCUCUAUUUCCAGGAUCAACUGUGGAAGAUGAACUGCACUUAAUUUUCCGACUGCUAGGAACACCAUCUCAGGAAACUUGGCCGGGUGUUUCUUCAAAUGACGAGUUCAAGAACUACAACUUUCCAAAAUACAAACCACAGCCUCUCAUUAACCAUGCACCCAGGUUAGACUCUGAAGGAAUCGAGUUGAUAACAAAAUUUCUUCAGUACGAAUCUAAGAAACGGGUUUCAGCAGAAGAGGCCAUGAAGCAUGUGUACUUUCGAAGUCUGGGACCAAGAAUACAUGCUUUACCUGAAAGUGUAUCAAUAUUCAGUUUGAAAGAGAUUCAGUUGCAAAAGGACCCGGGUUUUCGAAAUUCUUCUUAUCCAGAGACAGCUCAGUAAUUCUUCAGAGAGAAAUCUGACUCAGUCAAGUCAGGGAUCCUGAAAGCUGCAGAUGGCACAAAGACCUUUUACAAGUGGCCUGGCUUGAUCACUGCACACGCCAUUCCUGGUACCUGAGGCAGAAGACACAUCUUAUGCUUCCCUAGUCAUCAGGUUCAUCACUUCGAAGCAUAGAAGCUGUAGACUGACCCCAUCAACAAAAGGGUCAUUUCAGACAGUGCUGAUCACUCUUACGUGGAAGAUUAGUUUUUGCUGGUGGGAACAUUAGCUUCCUAGAGUCACCAAAUACUGUAUGUGGGAUAAAACUGAACCUUGAACUGCCUCAUAAAAUGACUUUAUAUUUUAGGACAUGGGAAGAACAGAAGACAGAGCAUGCUCUUUUAAAUCUGAUAACAUGGUUUCAAGCCCAGCCCCCAGCCUUUCUUAUCAAUCAAGGACUCAGAUCUGAAGGCAAUUAUUUCUUUUGGUGGACUUGGAAUCUCCGUUUGUCUACACUGUCCUCUUCACAGUGGAGUCUUUUUAUUUCAGACCUACAGAUUGUUUUUAUAUUUGUUGUCACAGUGUGACAAUUUUUUUGUACAGUUGGUUUUAAGGUCUUCUCUGCCAUUAGAGCCAGUAGGUUACAGCUAUUGAUGUAACUGUAGCUGCAAUUUUUGUGCAGGACUGAGAAACACAGUGCAUUAUUUAUUGCGGAAUCAUUGCUGCUAAAUAACUACUGUCUGUUUAUUUAACACAACAGUUAAAUGCCUGAAGAAGUUGCAGUGGCUUUAUUAGAUGUGAAUGCAUCUGUUUCUCCCCAUGAAUUGUUUUACUGCUGCAUUUCUUGUUUGUUUUUAAAAUUAAACUGCAGUGUUUCCUGGAAUGUAAGUUUAGCUUUGCUUAACAGUAAAAUAAGUGAGCCAUCUUGAACACUCUAAGUUCAUGCUGUAUAAUCUUUCAUUGAACAUCAGCAAAUAGAGUAGCUAAAAAAUUGAUGAGUACAUCAUGUUUAGAAAAGCAUGUGAUGCAGAGGUUGAUUCAAGCAAGUGAAUACCUGACAUGGGGAUCUCACAUUAGAUACCAGUAAUUUAAAGCACCAAAAUUAUUUAUUUUUACCUUGCCUCAUUUUAGAAAUAUUUACUGCAUAUUAUUGGAUAUGUGUAUACUAAUACACUUACCUAUUUUACAUUGUGCUUUAAUUUAGUUAAAACUAAACCAUACAAGUCCAGUGAAAUAUGUGAGGUCUUGUUUUCAUUUUAAAUACAGUUCUUUUAUUAGAAAGGAUGAUACUUUUGGGGGGAGCCAUUUAUUUCAUUUGGGGGCUGUCUAUAUGCGUGUGUUUUAAUAACAUUCACUUGGAAUCAGCUAAAAGCUGUAAUAUGUCUUUGAAAUGAGCCAUGAUAAAUACAAAUGACAGAAAGGAGAACUGAGGAUUGUUUUAAAGCAUUGUAGGUAUCAAUGUGUUUAUCAGAGAUAGUAAAUAUUACAGUUUCAAUUAUGCAUCUCUUUGAACAUCAUAAACACGCCUUGGUGUUGGUAAGUGUUUUAAGCAUUUGUGUUAACUUUUAAGGACUAUUUGUUUAGUGCAUCUUACAAACUACAAAUCUUAAUUGGUAUAUUUUGAAAUGGUCAUGUAAAUUUUUGGCUUAUAUAUCAUGAAAAUAAUCAUAACUUAAUUUUUUUCCUGAUAUUCACUGUAAAACAUUCAGGGGUCCUACCAUUUCUGUUCAGGAAAUCUUGUAGUUUAUUGUUAUUUAACAGUAUUAAGUGAAUUUUUGUAUAUUUCAUUUUAACUUUAUUUGUGAAUAGUGAUUGUGGCAUGUUUGGGUGUUAUUUUAAUAUUUCAUGAGACAGAAAUUUUAAUUUUUAAAAAAAAUUUUCUGGAAGAAACAGAUUCAUGUGUAAUGGUGAAUAUUGGACCACUACUGCUUUUCACAUUUGUAAAUUGGUUUUAUGUUAAACCCUGUAGCCUAACAAACUGCUGUUAUUUCUAACUGACAGACAUGUAUUAAUAUUGUACUUUGAAGGUUAUAAAUAUUAUGUGGAAAUUCCUCCAUUUUGUUUUGAAAUUUAUAAUAACAAGAUCUUCAUGUUGUUAAAAUGUGGUUUUGUUGAGUCACCGUUCUUUCUGGGGGAAGAAGGCUGUGCAGAAUGGGAUCAUUUUCCUUUAUGGGUUUCAUUUUUAAGAGAAUGAAGUCUCACUGUGUCAGUAAUGAUAUUUAAUUUAUAUUUGUGCUGGCUGUUCAUUUAGUAAUCUCUACCAUAAUUUUAUAGGAUAGCACUCUUCAAUUAUAAAGUUGUCACAUUUUUCAUUUUAUAGGUUACAAAAAUGUUUUGCAAAUUUUAUAUAUUUAUCCAUAAGUUUGAUAUUCUUGCAGAUAAAACAUGAAAAAAUAUAUCCAGUAGUUAUAUAAAAUUCUUCUUCCUAGGAAGUCCUAGGGAUGUUUCUUCAUUUUAUUAAGGAAUUUGGUAUUUUUUUUUGAUACUUGAGCACCACCAUUCAGAUCCUGAAAACUUUGCAAUGAAGAGAAUUGAAAUGUAGAGAUUUUGAACCUUGAACACUUAUGAUUCAUCUUAAACUGACAUGGUUUUAAAGGUAAGAGAGGAUGCGUUUUUGUUUUCCUUCCAAAUGAUGCUAUUAACACACAUUGAAUAUGUCACUCUAGGUGUGUAGAAGUCGUUCCAUUCUAUCUGGUGCUUUAUUAUAUUUGAAAGACUACUUGUUAACAUGUUAUAAUAAUUUGUCGUUUGGGCCCAGGACAAUUCGUGAGGUUGAGGCUGGUUUAUCUUGCCAUUUUUUUACCCAUUGUAAGUAUACAAUUUGGUGGCAUUGAUUAGAGUAUUGUACAGCAUUUACACUGUCUUUUUCCAUAAUUUUUCAUCUCUCCAAAUAGAAAUUCUAUACCCAUUAAGAGCAACCACCCCACUUCCCCCUCCCCACAGCCCCCCGUAACCUUUAAUGUGUAGGCAUAACUCAUUUUACUGCACUGCACUUUAUUGCGCUUUGCAGAUACUGUGUUUUUUUAAUGAAUUGAAGGUUUGUCGUAACCCUGCAUUGAGCAAGUCUGUGGGCGCCAUUUUUCCAACUGCAUUUGCUCACUCCAUGUCUCUGUGCUACAUUUGGUAAUUCUUGUAAUAUUUCAAGUUUUAUUAUUAUAUUUAUUAUGGUGAUUUGUGAUUAGUGAUCCUUGAUAUUAUCAUUGUAAUUGUUUUGGGGUGUCACAAUUCACACCCAUGUAAGACAGUGAACUUAAUAAAUGAUAAAUGUUGUGU